CAAAUAAUCAGACAGAACAAAAAAGAUUGACGUCGUGCACAUGAAUAUGGCGAAGAUAGAGUGUGUUAUGAGUCGUUUUGUUGUGAUACGUGCUAUUUUUUAACUUACCAUGUUCGAAAAUGGAUAGUUAUGUGAUCAUUUAUACAAAGAAAGUGUGAUAAUAGUGUAAAUAUAUAUUUUGUUUUAAUAAAUUAAUAAAAAGAAGUCAAAAUGUCUACAGAUAAAAUAAAAGUGGCAGUCAGAGUCCGUCCCUUCAAUCGAAGAGAAUUGGAACUGGGGACAUUAUGUGUUGUGGAAAUGGAAAAAGAUCAAACGGUCCUUCGACAACCAAAUACUAUGGACAAAAUAGAAAGGAAGCAGGCUAACAAGACGUUUGCAUUUGAUCACUGCUUUAACUCUGUGGACCCUAUGAAGGAAAAUUUCGCAUCUCAGGAAGUUGUUUUUGAAAGUCUUGGAAGAGAUAUUCUUGAAAAUGCUUUUCAAGGAUAUAAUGCAUGUAUUUUCGCUUAUGGCCAAACUGGAUCAGGAAAGUCCUAUACGAUGAUGGGAUCUCAAGACAACAAAGGUAUAAUCCCACGUCUGUGCGAUUCACUUUUCGGAAAAAUAAACAACCUGCAAAGUUCUGAAUUGUCGUACAAGGUAGAAGUUAGUUAUAUGGAAAUAUAUAAUGAGAAGGUACAUGAUUUACUGGAUCCCAAGACUAAUAAGCAAUCGUUAAAAGUACGAGAACACAAUGUAUUGGGACCUUAUGUUGACGGAUUAUCUCAGCUUGCUGUGACAUCAUUCCAGGACAUAGAUAAUUUGAUGGCUGAAGGUAACAAAUCCCGUACAGUGGCUGCAACAAAUAUGAACAGUGAAUCGUCAAGAUCCCAUGCUGUUUUCACAGUGAUACUCACACAGACUUUGACAGAUGAGAAGACUGGUGUUUCAGGGGAAAAAGUCAGUAGAAUGUCCUUGGUAGAUUUGGCUGGCUCAGAAAGAGCAGUCAAAACUGGUGCUGUUGGAGAGCGACUAAAAGAGGGUUCCAACAUUAAUAAAUCUUUGACAACAUUAGGCUUAGUCAUCUCUAAGUUAGCCGAUCAAUCAUCUGGUAAUACAAAGAAUAAAGACAAAUUCGUACCAUAUCGAGAUUCAGUUUUAACGUGGCUGUUAAAAGACAACUUAGGUGGUAACAGUAAAACCGUAAUGGUAGCUACGAUUUCUCCAGCAGCCGACAAUUUUGAGGAAACCUUGUCCACGCUACGUUAUGCAGACAGGGCAAAGAGAAUAGUCAAUCAUGCCGUUGUCAACGAGGAUCCUAAUGCUAGGAUAAUCAGGGAGUUGAGACAAGAAGUCGAGGCAUUGAAAGAGAUGUUGAAGCACGCCACUGGUUCUCCUGUGGAUGAUCCGCAAAGCGUCAUCCACCAGAAACUCAGCGAAAGCGAAAAAUUGUACAAAGAAGUUUCUCAGACAUGGGAAGAAAAAUUGAUGAAGACCGAAAGAAUUCAAAACGAGAGACAGCAAGCUUUGGAAAAAAUGGGUAUAAGCGUUCAAGCGUCUGGAAUCAAAGUUGAGAAGAAUAAAUAUUACUUGGUUAACUUGAACGCUGAUCCUUCUCUGAACGAAUUAUUAGUGUAUUAUUUGAAGGAUAAAACUGUUGUUGGCGCUAAAGUUGAUGGAGUAGGUCCUGAACCAGAUAUUCAACUUUCUGGUUUGGGUAUACAGCCAGAACAUUGUAUAAUCACUAUAGAAGAAGGUGAACUGUUUCUUGAGCCACUAACCAACGCACGAUCUUUUAUCAACGGUUCUCAGGUGACACAAAGAACACAACUCAGACAUGGUGACAGAAUCGUGUGGGGUAACCACCACUUUUUCAGGGUUAAUUGUCCCCGAUCAGUGUCUGCUACUUCUGAGCCCCAAACUCCUGCACAAUAUAUUGAUUACAAUUUUGCUCGUGAUGAAUUGAUGUUGAACGAAAUGGGAAACGCCCCCAUUCAAGCUGCAAUUGCUCGCCUAGAGAAGCAGCACGAAGAGGACAAACAAGUUGCCCUUGAAAAGCAAAGGUUGGAAUUCGAAAGGCAAUUCCAGAAACUUCGAAGCACAAUGUCCCCCUCUACACCAUAUCCCCCCUAUUCAGACGAUCCUUUGAGGUUUGGAAAAACUAUACCUUGUACCCCUACUACACAAAUGCGAGUAGAGAAAUGGGCACAAGAAAGGGAUGAAAUGUUCAAACGAAGUAUAGGUCAAUUGAAAACUGACAUAUUACGCGCUAAUGCUUUAGUGCAAGAAGCUAAUGUACUAGCUGAAGAGACUGGCAGGCAAACAAAGUACAGUGUUACCUUACAAAUACCCCCAGCUAAUCUAAGUCCCAAUAGGAGGAAAGGUGCGUUUGUGAGUGAACCUGCUAUAUUGGUUAAACGUGGAAAUUCUAGUCAAGUAUGGUCCAUGGAGAAAUUAGAAAAUAAAAUAGUCGAUAUGAGAGAAAUUUAUGAUGAUCAGAUGGAAAGCAAUGGUGCAACAAUGGAGGAACCAGUAUCUCCAUCGUGUGAUCCUUUCUUCGAGUCCCAAGAGAACCACAAUUUGAUAGGUGUAGCAAAUAUAUUUUUAGAAGCUCUAUUUCAUGAUGUCAAGCUUGAUUAUCACACCCCUAUAAUAAGUCAACAAGGAGAGGUCGCAGGACGAUUACAGGUGGAAUUGAGUAGAGUGCAGGGCACUCUUCCUCAAGACAGGAUAAGCGAAGCAGCUUCAGACAUAUCUUCAGAUAGUAGUAACGACGAAGAUGAUUCAUCAACUACCUCAACAGUUACCUGUCGUGUACACAUCAAGCAAGCCUCCGGUUUACCUUUGUCUUUAUCUCACUAUGUGUUCUGUCAGUAUACCUUCUGGAAUCAUCCAGAGCCUAUAGUUGUACCAACUAAUCCUGAAAAUGUACAAGCUGGUAAUGGACUGGUUUCACAAAAAGAUAGAUUUAAGUUUGACGACUGCAGAGAUUUCACUAUUAAUGUAACUGAAGAAUUUCUAGAACAUUGUACUGAAGGCGCUCUAUCGAUAGAAGUAUGGGGUAACCGCAGUGCAGGUUUUUCCAAACACAAACCCGGCUGGGAAGUUGAACAACAAUUAGCAGCCAAAGCUAGAUCAUUGGUGGACAGAUGGUCUGAACUUACCCGAAAAAUCGAAGUUUGGGUUGAAAUCCAAGAACUCAAUGAACAGGGAGAGUAUGUUCCUGUUGAAGUUAUAAACAGAACUGAACUUCUCACUGGUGGUUGCUACCAACUUCGUCAAGGUCAACAAAGGAGGAUAGUGGUUAGGGUUAAGCCUGUACAAAAUUCGGGCACCUUACCGAUAAUCGUUCAGCAGAUAAUGUCUAUUGAAGUAGGCAGUGUCAUUGUUAGGAGCCGACUUCAGAAACAGCUGGACUCAUAUCAAGAAGAAGACCUCACCAUUCUAAGGGAGAAAUGGAGUGAGGCUCUGCUAAGAAGAAAAGAGUACCUGAAUCAACAGAUAAACAGACUUCUUGAGAAACCUGACAAAUCAGAACAGGACUUGGAGCGUGAGCAAAGUUUAAUGGAUCAGUGGGUUAAUUUAACAGAAGAACGUAAUGCCGUUUUAUUACCUGAUCCUGGAACUGGCAUUCCAGGCGCACCAGCUGUUUGGACGCCGCCACCAGGCAUGGAACCUUACGUACCUGUCCUAUUUCUAGACCUUAAUGCUGAUGAUUUGUCGACUCACCAAUCAGGAGAAGAACUAACUAUUGCUGGGGGAGACUCAAUUUUGCCAAAAGAGCAUGGAAGCACUUUUUACAGUCUCCAUAUAUUGCAUAGUUUGGAGAAGGAUGUAUGUGCUGUUGCAAGUUGGGAUUCUUCGAUACACGAUAGUGCACAUCUUAAUAAAAUCACCGAUAAAACAGAAAGGGUGUAUAUGAUCCUGAGAACUACAGUUAGGCUAUCUCACCCAGCUCCAAUGGAUCUUGUCCUAAGGAAACGUUUGGCUCUGAACAUUUACAAACAGUACAGUUUCAGAGACAGGCUCAAAAGGAGAAUAGAAAGAUUAGAUCCUAUUUCUCACACAGGUGUUACAUACGAAGUGGUAUCGAAUGUUCCUAAGGCCAGUGAAGAAUUAGAAGAUCGCGAGUCUUUGGCUCAAAUCGCUGCUUCUGGAGAGGAAUCUUCAUGGGGCGAUGGAGAGAGCUAUAUUGAAAAAUAUACAAAAGGUGUUAGUGCCGUUGAGAGUAUACUUAUGUUAGACCGUCUUCGGCAAAAUGUAGCUGUCAAAGAACUUUUGCAGGCUAAAGGGCAGCCACUUAUGCGAAAGACAGCUAGUGUACCAAAUUUCCAGGAACUGAAUCCAAAGAAUGGGCUCCUGAAGAACUUGAGUACAGAAUCCUUGCAGAUGUCCAGAUCUGAAAGUGUAUCAGAAUUGAACAGCGACCUACAUGGUGUCUCGCCUCUCAAAAGUCGACUCAGUUUUGGUAAAGAAGCAGAGUCUUCUCCUUCGAAACCUUUCGGACUUGCUCGUCCAACAUUCCUGAAUUUGAACAUCAACUUGAAUUCAUUAAGACUUCAGCAACCUACUGGAACGUCGAAACGCCUAACAUCACCAGCUAAUGUGAAAAUUUCAAGAAUGACAACUCUCCAUGAGGAACAGCAUUCCUCUACUCGUAAACAUUCUCUCGACUUCAUUGCAGAUGAAAAUUUAGAAGAUGAGGAUGAAGAUGAUAACCAUUAUGAAAAAGCAAACCAAAUGGUUGGAAAUAAAUCGGGUAAUCAUACAUUGCGUCGGAGAAUACCAACUUCCAGAACCUUGGAAUCGCUACUUACAGAUCCACCAAUCAGUAACACACCGUCUACUAGUUCAAGCGGUUAUGGGUCUCAAGCAGUUUCUUCAAGUAACUUAUCUAGUGAGGAUUCUGUAUCCGUUAAAAGUAUAAGUAUUGAUGGAACGCCAGAAAAUGAUACUAAGCAGUGUAGCUUAAACGAAUUAAAGCCAGUCGAGAAGGUACAAACUGAAACAUUUCCACAGGGAGAUUUUUCAGAUAUUAAUGAUACAAAUAAAGAAGAACCAAAACAGUUCAUUCCCGAAUCUAGUCAUGAUAAUGAAUUGUGCAAAGAUAUAACUCUUUUAGAGAACAAGGUGGUUAGGAGAAAAAAAUCUGCUACGUUAAAUCCAGAUCGAGCUUCAUUUCCACAAGUGACUUCUAACCCUGUUAGUACAUUUAUGGAAGAUGACAGAAUCAAUACAACCGAAAAGUCUGAAGAUGAUGCAGAUCAUUAUGAGCUGAAAGCAGAUUUGCCAGAUUGGAUAACCAUUGGUGAAAGCGUACUCAUCAGACCCUACAAUUCUUCCGGUGUAAUAGCAUACAUAGGAGGAACAGAAUUCUCUGGAGGUACCUGGAUAGGCGUCGAACUUGAUGCACCAAAAGGGAAAAACGACGGUUCUGUGCAAGGAGUAAAGUACUUCUCUUGCAAGCCGAAGCAUGGCAUGUUCGUUAGAGCUGAUAAGCUCAUUUUAGACAGAAGAGGUCGUGCUAUGAGGUUGUACAAAACCGAAUCCCACAAGAAUAAAUGCCCUUCUAAGAGUGACAAUCUUAUCAGGCCCCAAUCACGAAGCGAUGGUUUGAAUCAUAUUGGUACUAGAUCAAGUUCAAAAGCUAAGUAAUCACUCUGUUAAAAUAGUCCAACCAAUCCAUAUGUGUAGUUGAUAGAUAUGCCGUCCGUCUUAAUUGGCAUGUUAUAUUUCUUAUAUUCCAUUUAUGCAAAUUUUGUAUAAGCAGAAGAAGUUAUAUUAUAAAGAAUUUAUCAGAACUGAACUUCCAAAUUCGAUUGGUUCAUUCAUUUUUGUUUGGAGAAAAGAAACGCCAAUUAUUAGGGUUUCUGAAUAUUUGAUUUGACGUUGAGAAUAAUAAUAUAAAAUAUAACGCUAAUACACACAUAAUUUUUUAAACUCAUCGUUAAUUGUAUCAGAGUGAGAUUGAUUCUUCAAUAAUAUUCUACAUGAUUAUUUUUUAUUGUAAAGAACCACGGGGAUGUAAAAAUUAUUUCCAAAUAAUAGGAUUUUAUUACCAAGGAACGUGUUCUUUGAUAAUUCCUAAAUAUUACCCCUCAUUUUCCAAUAUUUAUGUUAUCGAUAUCAGUUAUUGAUCCCCCUUUUCUCUUUUUUUAGUGUUUGUUUUCAGACAAUGAAUGAUCAGGGUACAUAUACUGAAUGAAGGGGUAAAAUGGUGAAAUUUUUUCUAAAUGGUGCUAAAGUAAUUUCCUUGGUAAUAUGCACAUAGUUUCAAAUCUCGUCAGAGGAUAUUUCUAAAAUGUAUACAGGAGAAAUUUUUAACAUUUACAGAUGUUUUGAUUAUUGAUUUACACGGAUUUCUUUCAUUUAAUCAAAUUCUCAUUGACGUAAAAAGUUUAUUGUAUUCCAAUAAGGUUUUUUGAAUCAAAAAUGUGAAGCAUCUAUAUUCAAACAGAUUACCUGUGUAAAGAAUUUUUGGUGUGAGCAACAAUCUUAAUUUUAAUUAAUUACUGUCGAAUUAUCUGUGCUUAAUUACUCAUUCUGCAAAUUUGAAAGAAUUUUGUAUUUUUACUACAAUGACUUCUACAAUCAUAAACAAUUGUAAUUUUUAUUCUAUAUUCAGAUUGGAAUACUAUAAACAUAUACUAAAAACCUAUUACCCUUCAAAAAAAUCCUCCAAGAUUUUCAAGAUAUCAAUUACGAUAUGAAUUUAUAGAAAACGAUAAAUUCUUGUUAUCAGAAUUUUAAUCUAAUCUUAAGAAAUUAUUCAAAUUUUAAAACAUUGUGCAAUAUAUAUAUAUACAUAUAUAUUUACAUAAAACGAUUUCAUUAACUCUAGAAAGAAAUAAUAUUAAAUUAUACUUGCCAUUAAUUUGAAAUUAUCUACUCCUCGUAAUGCCAGUUAAAUUUUUGAAGUUAGGUUACAAUUGAAUGUGAAAAUAUGUGAAUUUUAAAGAGGAAACAAUAAGGUGUCUAAUUGUAUAUUUGAAAAAUCAUCAGUAUUUUAAUCUUCAUGUUUUUUAUUGUUCAUAUUGAAAAUUAACAAUUUCAAUCAAAUAGAAAUGUAUUUUAAUGAUCAAAAUAUAAGGGAAAAACUAUUUACAAAUAUAACAAAUUAUUUUGUUCUUGUAUUGAAAAUUUUUCCUUGAUACCAAGUAAUACUAGUUUGUUGAAUUUUGAAUUGAAGAAGGUACUUAUAUUGAAGUUCGAAGAGAAUUUUUAUGUGUUGAACAUAUUUUUAUUUUUAUUUAAGUCCUUUUAACAGUUUGUUUGAAGCAGAGUGUAUCUGAUUGUUGUUUCUACUUUGAUUUCACUAGAAAAGAACCAUUGAAGUUAUAAGUUUAUCAAUCGUAAUUAUUCCAAAAGCAUUUUAUAGAUUGAUUUUUGAAAGAAAUUAUCAGUUCUGUGAUAUUUUUUGACAUACUUUCAUGUAUUAUUCUUCAAACUGUUUAAAACAUCUGGAAUUAUUAAGUAACAUGCUUUUAGAGUAUCUAGAUGAUGUCGAAAGUAUUCGCUAAAUUUGUGUCUUUAGUAAUAAGCUAUUGUAGAUAUAGAUUUUUCUGUAUUUGAUUUCAAAAUUGCCAUAAUAUAAGGAUGUACAAAGAAAAAUACAUUCAUAUUCUUCUAUAUUAUUGACAAAUUUUACUGUGGGGAAAGUGAAGGAGUAAGCAAGUUGAAAAUUGUUUUCAAUUAAAGACAAAAAUUGAUUCAUUUAAUAAAGUUCAAAUUUCAUUAUGAUUCCUUUUUCAUUAUUAUAUAUAAACAUUCUUUCAAGUUGUUCUAUUGAACUUGUUCUUUUUUUACAAAAUUGGUUUCAUUUCUUCUUUCACUACCAUAUUCCAUUGUAUUUAAUUUAUAGUUGAUAAUAAAUUCUUUGUCUGUCCUUAUAUUACGAAAAUGAAAAUUCACGAGCAGUCCGCUCAAAUGAGUAUGCAAUAUCAUUAAGUUAUUAGAAUUGGUUGCUCAAUGAUGAAAUUAUUGAUCACAUGUGGUGAUAGGUUUGGUUGUCCAAGUCCGGAAUGUCGGAUAAAAUAAAGGCUAAACCUAUCCAAAUGUUUGUGAAACGCUGUCCAGUGUGGAAAUAGCCACAAAAGAAAGAAAAUCGUAAUAUCUGCUUGCUCUUGCCUACUUUUUUCAUUGCAGUGUCUCACCAAAAUUAAUUAAACUCAACACAUAUGAUACGGAAAAUAACACUGAAAUGCCUUGAAAUUGACAUCAAAUCAAACAUUUUAUCGAUGGAGAAACAUGUUCAUCAUCUUGAUCUGAGUUGAUGAGUAAUCAUAUCCCUAUUGUGGAUAAAGUUCCUUGAGGACAUAUCUUGGCUAAAGUAUAUAUAUAUAGCUUUUUUAUGUUUUAGUUGUAAAUUAAAUACAUGAUAUUUUAUUUAGUCUGAAUCCAUUAAAUGUUUGGAUUCUUUGCUUCUAGAUUUUCUGUUAAUUUCAAGGCUAUUAUGUAUUACUGGCUGUACCAAAAAAGUUGCUUUCUUAUUGAACGAUUUGUUGACAGUACACUAGAAAUAAUUACUUGCUUUUCGCUAUAAAUCACUUGACACAUUAUCGUGACUGCUUAUGUCUUUGCCACUUGUACAUUUUGCAAUGUAAAUAUUAAAGUAGCUGUUGUCAUAGAUUGCUUAUUUCAUUAUUUUAUUCAAUAACUCUGGGUUGUUGAAUUGUUUAAGCAGCUAUUUAUGAUUAAUAUGAGAUUUACUGAGUAUUUAAUAUAUUAUACAUAUUGUAAAUUUUGUUAUUCAUUUUCUCUAUUUUUUGUAAUAGAUAACCAAUUGUAGUUGAACUACCAGAGGCAAUUUCAAUAAAACAUAAUUUUGA